ACUUAAUUGUGUUGCAAGUGCCGUAAAACUCUUACUAAAACUAAACAAAAAAUUCAAAAUGUGGAGAAAAACUAGGUGUAGGCGAAAGAACUUUCUGUCUAUCCGCACACAGAGGAUAAGCCACGUCGUCCGAGCGUUCUCUCUCUCCUCCCACCUCCUCACCCUCUCCUCCCUCAUCGUCCUCCACCUCUCCACCACCCACGUUCCUCCCACUCACGGGCUGGACAAUCUAGCUCUGGGAAAACCCGCGGCCCAAAAUAGCGUGUGGUCAGAGCGUGGAUCUAGCCCGGCCUACGCCCACCUCGCGAACGACGGAGACACCAACAGCAUUUUCAACCAGGGUUCUUGCUCUAAAACCGGAAGCCCUGACGAAAGAGACGGUUCCUCCUGGUGGAUUGUGGAUCUUCUCCACCAGUAUCUCAUCCACUCCGUCAAAAUCACCAACAGAAAGUUUACUGACGUCAAUAAACUGAAGAAUUUCUCGGUGUAUGUGUCGGCGGGGAACCCCCGCGAGGAUGGGGAAUUCCCGGCGGUGAGUCAUCUAGGCGAGCUGUGUGUGUUCAGAACUUCCGGCAUCAAGUCUGCGAGAACCGAACAGCUGUCUUGUGGCGAGUCUGUCGGCGGCCGCUACCUCACCAUCCACAAGAUCGGGAACAGCAAUCUGGUCUUGUGUGAGGUGCAAGUGUUCGGAGAGCUGAUCCUUACCUUAUCAUCAUCAUCAUCACCAUCGACAUCGACAACUGCACCAGCGCCAUCUUCACCGUCAUCAUCAUUAUCAUCGUCACCACCAUCAGAAUCAGGAGCAGCAUCCCCAUCAUCAUCAUCACCACCG